ACCCCUCGGUCCCCUCACACGGAGGGGAAUGUGAGGGUGGACACAUGCUGUCUCAUAGCUUCAGGUCGCGUGGGCGGGCGCCUCACGCUAAUUUUCAUUUGUAUUCUUUUUGAUUCUUCUCUGCCCCGUGUUGCUCGCCUUUUGAUUUUCCCCAACAACAUUGGAAAAUCUUUAUGUAUUUUCUGGCCAUUGCAUCUGGCCGACGAAGAGGGCCCGAAGCAACGACGAAUCUGUGGGUUAAUCGUUUCCCAACGAUAGCUCUGUCAAAUGCCCCAGACAAACAAAUGAAGAUUAUGGGGACUUUAGUCGGUGGUUUGAUGGCAGUGCUCAAGGUGUGUUCGCCCCCAGCGGAUAGAAUCAAGUGAAGUAGUAUUUUUGACAUUUUUUCGUAUAUUAGCUGCCAUUUUUGCGUCAUGUACUGCACCACUCGUCUGCUCAGAUACAUUCUGUGUGUCAUCAGCGGUAUUUGUGCUCUAGGGGGCUGUCUUCUCAUCUGGUAUGGUGUCUGGCUACUGGAGAGUCUAUCCGACCAGCCAAAUGUCGUGGGUGCGGGCGAGGAACUGGCCGCCAUCAUCUGCAUCCUGCUCGGAAGUGUCAUCAUACUUGCGAGCAUUUUUGGCAUUGUGGCGGUGGCAAAGGACUCCAAAAGCCUACUGAUUUGUUAUGCGGUUCUUUUGGUGAUUCUUCUGAUCGUCCAGUUUGUUAUGUUCAGCAUUAGUUUUGCUGCCAGCCGGGAAGCUCUGCCGGAUACUUUAAAGCAGGGAUUUGACGACCUGUGGGAUUUGCAGCAUGUUGGCAACAGUACUCUUAACGCUUAUGAAGAGUGGCUCCACUGCUGUGGCCGCAACAGCGCCGAGGAUUAUCUGCAUCUGGAGAAGGCUCCCCCGCCAAGUUGCUGUCUGGACCUGGACUGCACCAAGCCCUUAAAUCUGUUCAUGUCUGGCUGUGAGUUAAAAUACAAACAAUAUGUUGGCGGGAAAACCGCCAACUUUCACUCUCUUAGUUGGUUCCUAAUAGUUUUUGAGUUUGCUAGUUCUGUGACUACCUGCUACUUAGUGGAUAGUAUUCGAAACCACCGCGACCGCAUACGAUUCUAUAAUUAAAUUAGGUUUUUAUUGUAUUCGCUAAAUGUAUUAUUGUUAUUUGUUGUGAGUAAUUUUCUAGACAAUAAGCACCGACGAAUUGUGAUUGUAAUUUACGAUGAUAAAUCGAGUAAACACGAUACCAAGUAUUCAUUCAUAAAAAUGUAAACUACCAUGGCUAAAAAAAUAAAAGAAAUCUUCAGAUA